GAGAAACCAUAUAAGUGUGGCACCUGUGGUAAAUCUUUCGCCCGAAAUUAUACGUUAACUUCUCACAAACGGAUUCAUACGAGAGACAAGCCAUAUCAGUGUGAUAUAUGCGGUAAAUCAUUCUUUAAAAGUAAUGCUUUAAAAGUACAUAAAUCUAUUCAUACAGGAGAGAAGCCAUAUAACUGUGAUAUCUGUGGUAAAUCAUUCUGUCAAAAGGUUGAUUUAAAUAAACAUAGGCGUAUUCACACAGGUGAGAAGCCAUACAGUUGUGAUAUCUGUGGUAAAUCAUUUCCUCAAAAUAUUCACUUAACUAAACACAAGCGUAUUCAUACAGGAGAGAAGCCAUAUCAGUGUAAUGAUAUCUGCAAUAAAUAUUUUUCGCACAAUAACAAUUUGACUAUUCACAAACGUAUUCAUACAGGAGAGAAACCAUUUCAGUGUGAUAUUUGUAAAAAGUCAUUCUCUGACAGAACUAGAUUAAGAACACACAAGUAUAUUCACACAGAAAAGAAGCCAUACCAGUGUGAUAUUUGUGGGAAGUCAUUCUCUCAAAGUAGUAAUUUGAUGUCACACAGGCGUAGUCACACAGGGGAGAAGCCAUAUCGGUGUAAUAUCUGCGGUAAAUCAUUCUCUGUAAGUUCUAGCUUAACAGUUCAUAAACGUAUUCAUACAGGAGAGAAACCCUAUCAGUGCGAUAUCUGCAGUAAAUCAUUCGCUGUAAGUUCUGGCUUAACAAUACACAAGCGUACUCAUACAGGAAAGAAGCCAUAUAAGUGUGAUAUUUGUAAGAAGUCAUUCUCUGACAGUAGUAGUUUAAGAGCACACAAGCGUAGUCACACUGGUGAGAAGCCAUAUCAGUGUGAUAUCUGUGGUAAAUCAUUCGCUAGAAGUAGGAACUUAACAAAACAUAAACGUACUCAUACAGGGGAGAAGCCUUAUAAAUGUGAUAUUUGUAGCAGAUCAUUUUCUCAACUUAGUAAUUUAAGAUUACACAAAUGUCCUCAUACAGGAUAGAAGCCACAUCACUGAUAUUUGUGGUAAAUCAUUCUCUCAAAGUCAUGGCUUAACUGGACACAGAUGUAUCUAGAUGAAAGUGUAACUGUAUCAACAAACAUUUGAGUUCCUGCUGAAAUGAGGUGGGCUUAGCUUUGUGAACUUUACCCAUGACAACAACCAAGCCACCCAUCAUUGGCUCUCUUUCUGAGGUUGUCUUUUACAGCUGUUUGAACUUUUAAUGAUGCCAACCUUUUUUAUUUUCUGCUUGAA